AAAGCAAUAUCCGUGACUUCUCAAAAAUUCAACUUUACUAUCAUGUGUCUCUGUUUUAAAACGCAGACAGUCAGCUAAGUUGUGUUUUCCCUGGCAGAAUCCACAGUGAGGGAUGAUGGGACUGGGUGUGGAUUCUGGAGGUGGUGGAGACAGAACUGAUUGCUUUAUAGCACAUCCUGUUUUCUCGCCACAGCCUGUCAGGACUCAGUCAGCUGAGCCAGGCUGUUCUGCUGGCUCUACCUCUCCGCAGGUGUUCCCAGUUGACCGGUGGGCGGGGCACACACACCGGGAUUGGUUCAGCAGCGUCUUGCCACGCUACAAGAACUGCGUGCGGACAGCAGGAGGAUGCCAGAAUGUUAUCAGUCGUUGGCCUCACCCGAGUGCUCUCGUCAGAUCCUCCUACGGGACUCCCUCUCGAGUAUACCUGUCGCCCCGAGCUCCUCUGGUUCCUCCGCUGUCCCAGUUCGUUCGAUCGACGACGCUGCUCAGACCCCCGCUCCACCUACGCCCUCCCCGGUCCCUGAAGCACCUGCCACCUUCGUACGUCACGCUGAGUCCUUACCGUCCCCUCCCGGUCCGGUCGCCGCGCCCGGUGGUAAGCGUACGCGCCUCAGAUCCUUCUCCCCUGAGCCUUUCCCCCUCUAAUCAUCUCUCCUUACCUUUCAGUGAUUCACCGGGCCUCGUUCCCGUUGUUACCUCCUCGCCAUUUGGGCUGUCACACCACUUGCCUCGCAAAUAAAUUGUUGAACUGAUCUCUGCUGCCGAGUGGUUCUCUGCAUGUGGGCCAAACAUUUAAAGCCAGUCAUG